GGACCUUGUGUAAUUUCAACUCAUUUGCAUUCCAAACUCGGGCGCAUUUUAGACUCGGACGCAAAAAGAAAAAAAACACUCAGGCGCAUUUUAUCACAACCCACUUGACCCUUCUAGCUUGCGCUUCUCACUGUCUUCCUCUGAACUGAACCCCAAGCCAUCCAGUCACUUCCAUUCCAUAUCCACUUGACAGUCUCUGAACUGUCCACGACCACCGGCAUAAUGGAGCCACACCUCCUUCACCCCACUAACCUGCGCUUUUCAACCUCAACCUCCUUAACCUCUGCCACAUAUUCGAUAACACUCUGCGGUGAACAUGCCCAUAAACGAAACCCAACAAUCCAUUGUCUUCAUUUAUCGAAACGGAGCUCCAACCCGUCUUUGAAGGCCAAAAAGGAGCUUUCUCGACUUCUGAGAACAGACGCUGCUGUUAGAAACAUUGAGAAGAAAGCAAAUUCCAACAAGUACAAUAACCUUUGGCCCAAGGCUGUUUUGGAGGCUCUGGACGAAGCUAUUGCAAACAAUCUGUGGGAAAGUGCUCUUAAGAUUUUUGGACUACUACGUAAGCAACACUGGUAUGAGCCGAGAUGCCAAACAUACACUAAGCUGCUGAUGAUGCUUGGCAAGUGCAGGCAACCUGAGCAGGCCAGCUUGCUUUUCGAGCUCAUGUUAAGUGAUGGGCUAACACCUACUGUUGACGUCUACACUGCUCUUGUUAGUGUUUAUGGAAAAAGUGGCCUCCUUGACAAGGCGUUCUCUACUGUCGAUGAUAUGAAGUCAGUUUCUGACUGCAAACCAGAUGUAUAUACAUAUUCUAUUCUUAUUAAUUCCUGCACCAAAUUCAAUCGUCCUGAUCUGAUUGAAGAAGUUCUGGCUGAGAUGUCAUAUCUGGGGAUUGGAUGCAACACAGUCAUAUACAAUACUCUAAUUGAUGGCUAUGGUAAGGCUGAAAUGUUUGAACUGAUGGAGGACUCGUUGACAGACAUGAUUGAAAGUGGCAGCUGCCUUCCUGAUGUUUUCACAUUAAAUUCUUUUCUUGGGGCUUAUGGGAAAUGUGGACAGAUAGAGAAGAUGGAGAAGUGGUAUGAUGAAUUUCAGCUGAUGGGAAUAAGGCCAGACCCUAAGACAUUUAAUAUCCUGAUUAAAUCAUAUGGGAAAGCAACAAUGUACGAAAAGAUGGGGUCUGUUAUGGAGUUUAUGAAGAAAAGGUUUUUCUCCCCAACUGUUGUUACUUAUAAUAUUGUAAUUGAGGUAUUUGGGAAAGCUGGAAAUGUUGAGAAGAUGGGCGAAUACUUCAGAAAAAUGAAGUAUCAAGGAAUGAAGCCUAACUCUAUCACCUAUUGUUCUCUUGUUAGUGCGUAUAGCAAAGCUGGGCAUAUGAGUAAAGUUGAUUCCAUUUUGAGGCAAGUAGAGAAUUCGGAUGUUAUACUGGAUACGCCUUUCUUCAACUGUAUUAUUAGUGCUUAUGGUCGGGCUGGUGAUGUAAGAAAGGUGAGCGAAUUGUUUUUGGCAAUGAAAGAAAAAAAAUGUUUGCCUGACCAUAUCACCUUUGCUACCAUGAUCCAAGCCUACAAUGCACGAGGCAUGACUGAGGCUGCUGAGGACUUACAGAAAAGGAUGAUUACCAACACGGAAAAUUCAGGCACAAGGUUGAUUGGAUGCUAGUAUGUUAAUUAUAUUGAAGAAUAAACCUUCGAAUAUAAACAAUUCAGACUUCAAAGAUGGUCAAAACUCGGACAAAUGAUGAUAGCUUUUGGCCAGCUAUAUUGUAGAUGAAAUUAGGUGAACUAAUAAAUUUCAUUUUGGUGGAUCUGAAGACAUGUUUGUUAAAGGGAGAAUGUACAUGGCACAAAAUGGCAAUUCUGCAUUGUUUGUUUGGUUAUUUGAAUUGGCAAUUGGAUACAGAGUAAAGAAAAUUAAGUGGGGAUGGCUUCAGCUGCAACAGACCUUUUGAUUGGGAAAGUAGUAUAAUAUCUUGAAAACCAAGUCUCAUUGUUAGGAGUUAUGAUCAAAUUGUUGAAUUCAUAGACGAGCAAAUGAGUCGAGGUCCAUGCACAAGAAUUCUCGGCCAAGCUAUGUGUUUCCCCCAAGAAUCUUUGGGAGAGGCAUCGAAUUUCAACCUGAUUGCUGAAGAUCGUCAAAACAAUCGAAGACAUUCCAUAAAGAAAACAAGGUUAUCUUGUUGAACAAGGCAUGAAUACUUCCCAUUAUGAUACGAAGGGGUGAAAAUCUGCAGGGAGUGUCUCUUUUCCUUGAAGACGAUAAUCUCGUGGGCAUCGUAGAUGCCCAAGAGAAGUUAGUUGGAUGAUUGUUGUCUGCACAGCUUCAAAAACUAUAAUUUCAGUGGUUGGAAUGGGAGAUUUGGGCAAGACGACUUUAGUUGCAUCACUUCUGCUAACUGGAAAAUUAGAGAAGAUUUCAUAAAAGGCCAAAGCCAAAAGAGAGGCAAACAGAGACGGGAGUCCCAACCUGCAUCAAUACAGAGCACUCACAGGGAAGCCAAACAAACAGAGCCUGCACAGUGACCCAGGCUCCACCAAAAUUAAGAAAUGGGGGGGACAUCGAAGACCAUCCCUAGCCAAAACCAAGACCAAUGAGGGAAGAGGCUGAGUAGCCCAUCGCAGUGAUCGCACCUCAUUUGACAUGGCUGCAGCAGCAUGAGCAGCUUGGUUUUCCAGACGAGAGACCCACUCCCAUUUAAUGCCAGAGAAGAGAACCAGGAAGGAAGCAAGUCGCUUGAUUUCCAAUAUAAUAGGUAGGAUUCUCCAAUUGCUUCUGUGUCGACUAUCAGUAAGACAGGUGAUCACCUCUUUCUAUUAGAAUGCUGUGCAAUACAUGUAAUUGGUAUUGUUUUAUUUCAUCCCUAUUUUGUAUUCCUGGUUUAUGGGGGAUCCUUGAUUAUUAUAGGAGUUAGCCUUGCUGCCCAAGUGUUGUAAACCAUAUAUAGUCGGGCACUGGCUCGUGUUUUAAUCAUUCUUUUUCAUUCAAUAGUGGUAUCAGAGCCCUUGGGUGAUACCUAGAGUUUCUGUCAUUCUUCUUUUUCUUUAGCUUCAUCACACCACCACAACUCCGACAAUGGAACAACUUCAAUCCAUUGCUCCAGGACUGUCAGCUGAACACUAUGAUCAAAUCAUGCAAACAGUAGGUCACGAUUGCAAACAGUAGGACACAAUUGACUAAACCUUAGGAUGCUUUUGUGAAUCUGCUCUCUCAAUGAGAGGUAUGGCCACAAAAGGGAAAGGUGUGAGAUGAAGGGACAACCAUGUGGGGUUAUGCCUAGUAAAACGAAUGUGGGGAAGGAAGCUAACCCUAUGAAGGAUGACAAUGGGAUGAAUACACAGAAUAAUGAUACUGUUGCUCCUGAAGUGAAUGAUAAUUCUGGUAAUGACUCUCUCAAAGGGCCUUGGAUGCAUGUUACCCCAGAAGAAAACCUAGAAAUGAUGGUGAGGAGGCAAAUGGGAAAGGCUCUACUUCUAAAGCCAACGGUUCUAGAUUUGACACUCUGCGACAAGUUGAUGAGAAUUUUGGAAGGAAUGAAAGGGAUGCCAAUACAGAGCAUGUGCAUAACCAUAUUCGAUCUAGCUUUAUUGGUAAUAAUGCGAAGGGACAUGGGCCAUAGGUGUGGAGUAAAUCGCAGAAGGCUAAGAUUGCUGAUAGGACAUCUUUACAAGAUACUUCAAUCCGGAAGAUUCAAAUGCAAGAAGGGGUAAGACAACAAGUUCUGGUGAGGCAAAAGUAGGUACAUUAUUUCUCACUAUAACAAAAUACUUUGUAAUAGAAACUUAUGUACACAUUUUAUAAAUUACAAAUAUAUUUACAAAAUAAUAUACCUAGCUCGGAUAAAUGAGGUACAUGUUACUUUGUAAUAGAAAAUUUGUGCACUUUUUUAUAAAUUAUGAACAUAUUUAAAAAAAUAAGAUACCUAUUUUUCAUUAUUUCUAUAUUAAAAAAUAGGUACGUUGAAGAUAAGAAUAUAUGAAUAUGAUCCAAAUGUUUUUUUUUUUUUUGGGGGAAAUAUUUAUGCCAGCAUGACCCAAAC